AUGUGGUUUACCAAAAAACUUUCUCCCAAAGGUUUUAUUAUCUUUGAAGGUAACCUGCAGACAUAUUCAAACGACAAGAGCCUGUAUGCAUGUGGAUUUAUCUCGCGUUUCCAGCAAAGCAAGAUAAAAGCUGCAGCAACAUUCUAUAUGGAUGCCACCUAUAGUAUCACUCAAAGAUCAAAUGACAUUCUUUAUACUAUUGUCAUUCGUGAUGAAGAACUUGAUCGUGGUUUUCCCUGUGCAUACAUGCUGACCAAUGACCAUUCUUUGAGUCCCAUUGUCCAAUGGUGGAAGCACUUGAAAGACAAUAAGUUGGUUGCAAACCCCUGGCAGUUUACUAUUGACUGUAGUAAUGCUAAGACAAAUGCACUCAUGGCAAUCUUCCCUUGA